AUGAAGUCCUUGUGCCUCGUCACCGUGGGGGUCCUGGCCAUGACGCUGCUGAUCGCCAGCGUCUCCUUGUUGGUGGCACACGUCUUCCAGACCGUGGUGGACCUGCAAGUGAAGCAGGCAACAGUGCUGAAAAAUGGCACAGAAACCUUUGAGGCCUGGGAGGAUCCUCCUCCACCAGUCUACAUGCAGUUCUACUUCUUUAAUGUGACCAACCCCCUAGAAGUGCUGCAAGGUGCUACUCCUCUCGUAGAGGAAAUAGGGCCAUACACCUACAGGGAAUACAGGCCAAGAGUGCACAUUCAGUUUUUGGACAAUGGUACCAAAGUAUCUGCUCUGAAUCCAAAGACAUAUGUAUUUGAACUUGAGAAAUCAGUUGGAGACCCUGAAGUGGACCUGAUCAGAACCAUUAAUAUUCCUGCAGUGACUGCCAUGGAGUGGACCAGGUCAACCCCUCUCCAGCUUGCCACAGAGGUGCUGCUGCUCCUGUACCAAGAAUCCCUGUUCAUGACUCGCACCGUUCACGACCUGCUGUGGGGCUACAAAGACAGGCUGCUGUCCACCAUCCACCUGCUGCACCCCGAGAUUGACCCAGUGUUUGGCCUCUUUAACAAGAUGAAUGGCACUGAUGAUGGAGAAUAUGUUUUCCUGAGUGGGGAGACAGACUACCUUAACUUCUCGAGGAUUGUGGAAUGGAAAGGAAAAGAGUCAUUGAGCUGGUGGACAACAAAGACAUGUAACAUGAUCAAUGGGACAGAUGGGACAUCCUUCCACCCACUGAUCAGCAAAGAUGAGAACAUUUAUGUCUUUUCUUCUGAUUUUUGCAGGUCUCUGUACCUGGUGUACGACAGCUCAGGAACCAUUUCGGGCAUCCCAACCUACCGGUUCGUGCCCCCUGCCCUGGUGUUUGCCAACGCCACGGUGAACCCAGACAAUGCUGGCUUCUGCAUCCCACCGGGAAACUGCCCCGCCACGGGGGUCCUCAACGUCAGCGUCUGCAAGCAGGGUGCUCCAAUAUUCCUGUCAGCUCCACAUUUUUACCAAGCAGAUCAGAAGUUUGUGAAUGACAUAGAAGGCAUGCACCCCAAAAAGGAAUACCAUGAGACAUUUCUGGACAUCAAUCCUCUGACAGGGCUUGUCCUGCAAGCAGCCAAGCGGAUGCAGGUCAACGUUCACGUCAGGAAAUUACCUGAGUUUUUUGAAACAGGCAACAUCCGAACGCUGAUUUUCCCAGUGAUGUAUAUAAAUGAGAGUGUUCUGAUUGAUGAACAAACUGCCACCAAGCUCAGGCAUGUCCUGCUGGAAGCCAGUGUUGUAACUGGAAUCCCCUUUGUGAUCAUGGCUCUAGGAAUUGUUUUUGGGAUUGUUUUUAUUGUGCUGGUGUGCAGGUCCCGGGGAGUAAGCGAAGAGAGUACUGAAGAUGAAAGGUCCCCACUCAUCAGGACAUCUUAG